CUGGAUCAAUAGCAGCUAUCAGAACACGAUGAAGCUCCUCUGCGGCGGAUCAAUCACACCUCUCGUGCUGCUGUUCCUCCUGCCAGUUUGCAGAGCUGCUCACGGUCGCUUUGCUCAGAAGCUGAUGAAAGACUUAUUUUCCAACUACACCAAUGCUCUGCGGCCGGUGGAGGACACCGACUACAUCAUCAAUGUAACGUUGCAGGUCACUCUCUCCCAGAUCAUUGACAUGGAUGAACGAAACCAGAUCCUGACCACCUACUUGUGGGUCCGCCAGGUGUGGAUGGACGCCUUUCUCACGUGGAAGAAGGAGGACUACGAUGGCCUCGACACCAUCCGCAUACCCAGCAGCUAUGUUUGGAGACCUGAUAUUGUUCUGUAUAACAGUGCAGAUGAUGAGUUCUCCAGCUCCAUGGAGACCAACGUUGUUCUCCGUAAUGAUGGUCAGGUCAUGUGGGAUCAGCCGGCCAUCACCAAAAGCUCCUGCUCUGUCGACGUGGCCUUCUUCCCCUUCGAUGUGCAGCAAUGUCACCUAACCUUUGGCUCCUGGACUCACAAUGGCAACCAGAUGGACCUGUUCAAUGCCCUGGACAGCGCUGACCUGGCUGACUUUGUCCCAAACGUGGAGUGGGAGGUUCUGGGCAUGCCGGCCAAGAAAAAUGUCAUCUUGUACGGCUGCUGUUCAGAUCCAUACCCGGACAUCACCUUCACCCUCCACCUGAAGAGGCGGGCCUCCUUCUACAUCUUCAACCUCCUCAUCCCCUGCAUGAUGAUUUCCUUCCUGGCUCCGCUGGGCUUCUACCUGCCAGCUGACUCGGGUGAAAAGGUUUCUCUGGGCGUCACAGUGCUGCUCGCCCUCACCGUGUUUCAGCUGCUUGUAGCUGAGAGCAUGCCGCCCUCAGAGAGCGUCCCGCUGAUAGGGAAGUACUACAUUGCUACCAUGACGAUGGUCACUGCAUCAACAGCGCUCACCAUCUUCAUCAUGAACAUCCACCACUGUGGCGCCGAGGCUCGUCCCGUCCCCAAAUGGGCCGAGCGUUUCAUCCUCAAGUACCUCGCCCGCAUCUGCUUCGUCUACGAGGUGGGGGAGAACUGCCUUGGUGGAGCCAGGAAACAGCCUUUGUCACAGGAGGGGUCUGACAGCCCAUCAGCCAGUGGCAGCAGCACCAAAGGAACAAACUGGGAUGUCAAUGGAAAGGUGUGGAGGGGAAAGGUGGAGGAGGAGCCUCUGAAGGUGGGGCAGGAUGUGUCCAACCAGACAGACUGGAAAGAGGAUCUAUUUGUGACCAUCGACCACUCGGAGGAGAAAGGAGCAGCUGGUGGGCGUGAAGAGCGAGGAGGGGAACUGAGCUAGGGCGAGCACGUUGAGGAAAAGACAGGCGUAGGAGGUGAGGGAGGAGCCGGAGCUGGGAGGAACAGGAAGGAGAUCUGGGUGAAGUGCGUGUGCCAGCACCAGGCACUGCAAAAGAACGUUGAGUACAUUGCCAGCUCCUACCAGGACCAGCGAGCAGCACAGCUGCGCACCGGAGAGUGGAGGAAGGUCGCCAAGGUCAUGGAUCGCUUCUUCAUGUGGCUCUUCUUCAUCAUGGUCUUCGUCAUGAGUAUCCUGAUCCUGGGAAAAGCCAUCUGAUUGAGCUCGGCCUGAGAAGUUACAAGCUGACAACAUUCUUUGUUUAACUUCCCAUUAAGCAUGAAAUCUUUGUUUGUUUGUUUGUUUGUGUGUUUGUUUGUGUGUUUGUUUGUUUGUUUGUUUGUUUGUUUGUUUGACCGUUCUUGUGUGCUGGGAUCUUUGUGCCAGGAUUUAAAAUGCUUAUUUUUGUGUUUGAAUGAAGCUCCAAGUGUUUUUAUUCAGAGCUGAUGAAGGUGAAAUAAUUGGGCAAAAAACACAAAUAUUUUCAAAUUGUUUGUAAACAUCUCGUCAAAUUCUGCAGAUUUUUAGUUUAAGAUGCAUCAUGCUCAUAUCUUCAGAUCACAAAAAGCUUGAAACUGUUUGGAUUUUCUCUGAUUCCAGCACUGAAUCUGUCACUCU